AUGUACGUCAUCGACGAUCUGAACUGGGAUAUGAUCCUGGGUAAACGAUGGAUGGAAGACCAGGAUGUUCACAUCCAUGCGAAGGAAGGAUAUCUCGAGAUCGGGUCCAAUGGAGUUCAACUGCCACCACAGUACCACAAGUGGUCUCGAGCUUUCUCUCAGCAACUGGCCGACCAGCUGCCCCCUCAUCGGCCAGCCCUACCCUGGGGACCGCUUUACAGCAUGUCCCGCGAGGAGCUAUUGAGUCAGCAGCUCGCCAGCCGCGGCACCAGUCCUUAUGAGGGACCGCUAUCCCUUGCCCUUACUGAGCGAGACCUUGCGAACGAUAGCCAAGGCAAGGUGGUUCACCAAGCCUUUCAGCGGUACAUUAACAGCGCGCUCCAGGAUUACCUAGACGAUUUUGUGUCAGCAUAUAUCGACGAUGUCCUGAUCUUCUCCUCUGGAAGCCUGCAAGACCACCGCGACAAGGUCGGCAAGGUCCUCCAACGACUGAUGGACGCCGGGCUGCAACUGGAUAUCAACAAGAGUGAAUUCGAAGUCAAGGCUGUGAAAUACCUUGGGUUUAUCAUCGAGGCGGAGUGUGGGAUCCGAGUCGACCCUGAGAAGGAUGUUUAUGCCAGAGUUCUCGGUGAUAGCGGAGCGCUAACGCGGCUAACGAAGAAGGACGUGCCAUUCCGUUGGGAUGAAUUGUGCGAAGAAGCCUUCGAGAAGCUCAAGGACUUGUUGAUCACGGCCCCGAUCCUGCACACUUCCAUCCAGAAAGGAGACUAUCGUGGAAGCAGACGCUUCAGGAUUCGCAAACAUUCGGCAGCCGAAGCGAACUACGCUAUCCAUGACAAGGAGCUACUCGCCAUUCUCAGAUGUUUGGAGCAGUGGGAACCAGAGCUACGGGCAGUAGAGCACUUCAAGAUCCUAACGGACCACAAGAACCUGAGGUACUUCUACUCGGAAAGGAGGUUGACAGAGAGACAAGUGCGGUGGUCGGAGUUCCUGUCCAGGUUCCAAUUCGAGCUCGAAUGGAGGCCGGGCCGCAAGGGCGGAUUGCCUGACGCACUCUCUCGACGGGACCAGGAUAUGCCGGCCAACUACUCCGAUGAACGACUAAAGGGACGCAUUAUGAGGCUAUUCCAAAAUGAUCACCUUAGAAGGGUCCCAAUAUCGACAUUGUCUACCAACACCGAGGGUGCCCAGGAAAUCAACUUCGGAAAAGAGAUCAGGAUAUUUGAAGAUGAGGAGUUACAGCAGCUGUGGCACGCCGCACGAGAACGCGUCUGGAUACCCGGUUCGGAGCCGCUACCGAUGUACGUCGGGAUACAAAGAAAGGACUCCUAA